UGCUCCCUGAACGGCAGCUGGAAGAAUGACCUCAACUCCACCAUGGAGAGCAAAAGCGUCAGGAACACGGGGGUGUUGAGCGGUGUGUACAAAACGGCAGUCUCGGGCUCCGGCAAGCCCGUCCCUCCAUCCCCGUUGCACGGCAUCCAGCAUCAGGGGCUCCAGCCCACCUUUGGCUUCACCUGUCUGGUGGAUAACAGCGGAAAAGAUUACUUGAAGACAACCUGGCUGUUGCGUGAGAAGGUUGGAUCCGCGGCAAAGGAUUGGGGGGCGACCCGCAUUGCCAAGGACACCUUCUACCGCACCUAG